UGUGGGCUGUCCAGAUAUAAAGAUAGAAAAAAGAAGAAGAAGAAAGAACUUCCAAGCAGCUUAGUGAGAGAAAUGGGUGAGAAAGAGACUCCAGUUCCAUCGAGAUCACUGCAUGUUUUGGUUCUUCCGUUCCCUGCACAAGGCCAUAUAAAUCCUAUGCUUCAAUUCUCAAACCGUUUAGUAUCCAAACGAGUUAAAGUUACACUGUUCACAACUCUCCACGCCUCCAGAUCGAUUCGAACCGGAGCUAGCUCCGUCUCAGUAGUGCCAUUUUCUGAUGGAAGCCAUGAUGGUUUAGAAGACUUCAAUAGCAGCAAUUUCAUGCAACAAUUCAAAGACACUGUUGCAGAGAGCUUACCAAAGUUUAUUCAAAAGCAUGAAAUAUCAGAGUAUCCUGUUAAGUGUGUAGCAUAUGAUUCUCUAAUUCCGUGGGUUUUACCGUUGGCGAAAGAACUAGGAUUGAUUGGAGCUUGUUUUUAUACUCAAUCUGGUUCAGCCAGUGCCAUCUAUUACCAAGUGUAUAAAGGCUUGCUUCCUACACCUGUACAAGGACCAACAGCAUUGGUUCCUGGUUCAGUUACACUUGAACCGCAUGAUUUACCAUCUUUUGUUUAUAAAAUCGACUCCUAUCCAGAUUUCCUGACUCUAGUUCUGGAGCAGUUUUCAAAUGUGGAUGAAGCAGAUUGGUUGCUCUUUAACACCUACGACAAGUUGGAGGAACAGGUAGUGAUUUGGAUGCAACAACAAUCACCAACAAGAAUGGUCACCAUAGGGCCAUCCGUACCAUCAUUUUACCUAGACAAACGGCUGAAGGAUAACAAUGACUAUGGUCUUCAUCUCUUUACACCGGAUACUGAUACCUGCAUGAAAUGGUUAGACAAGAAAGAAGUCGCUUCGGUUGUCUACGUAUCGUUCGGGAGUCUGAAUGAUUUAAAACAAGAACAAAUGAACGAACUAGCGUGGGGACUUGGGAAUUGUAACUACCAUUUUCUAUGGGUUGUCAAGCUAUCAGGGGAAGACAAACUUCCUAGAAACUUCGUGGAGGAGACGGCGGAAAAAGGUUUGGUUGUUGAAUGGUGCCAGCAAUUGGAGGUGAUGGCGCACAAAGCCAUUGGAUGUUUCAUAACACAUUGUGGAUGGAACUCGACGAUUGAGGCUUUGAGUUUAGGGGUGCCAAUGGUGGCAAUGCCGCUCUGGACGGAUCAACCGACUAAUGCAAAGUUCAUUUCAGAUGUAUGGAGAGUUGGUGUCAGAGCGGCAGCAGAUGAGAAUGGGUUGGUUAACAGAGAGAAAGUAGAGGAAUCUAUAAAAGUAGUAAUGGAGGGUGACAGACAGGAAGAGAUAAAGAAGAAUGCUGUCAGAUGGAAGGAGUUGGCUAAGCAGGCUGUCGAUGAAGGCGGAAGCUCUGACAAGAACGUUGAUGAAUUUGUAUCCAAAAUCUUAUGCAGUUAAGCCUGCAGACUGUGCACAUUUUCCGCAAACAGUCCCUAUUCCAACACUUCAAGCGACGAAUCUAACCUGUUGUUCAACUAAUUUCUGUUCUUUUAUGCUGCACAUCAGAAUUUUCAGUUUUUUCCAAUUGGGCACUGAAACGAAACUUAAGCAAAUCAAAGAGAAUGUCGAGGGAAAGCAGAAGCAAAACUAAUAUAAAAGGAGAACAGAAGAAAGUAUCUAAACAGAAGUAAUCUCACACAUUAUACAUACAAAAGAACUUUUAUAUUUCCUUCGGAAACAAAAGUGAAAAAGGCUGAUUAUAACUUUAUCUUAUGCCCUUUUUAUUUGUUCA